AAAAUAAAUACUACGAAGUGCGAGUAUAUAGUGACGACGUGGGCGACUCUUCUCCGCGGUUCGAUAACGUGUGUAACGCAGACAAAACCGAAGAAAGUCCCGCGGGAAUUCCAAGCGCCGAUUUCUCUGCUGCUCUUGACGAACGGGAGGUACACCCCACCCAAAGCGCCUGGUGAGGAUAGUGUUUGGUGGUGUUUUUCAACGCGCAACAUUAAUCGUCAAGGUAACCGCCCGCCGACACCAAACGCGGCAGCCCGUCGCCACCCGUGCACCGCAAAAAGAAGGCUCUUUCUAGGUGCUUUAUUUUUGUACUACAUCAUUGCCCCACAACGCGGGAGGUGGCCACCGCCGUUGUCGUCGUCGUCGUCGUCGUCGUCGGGACAGAAGAGCAGCUCUCCUGUUUUUGUCCGUGCUCUAGUCGGCGCCGCACACGGCACGAAACGGGACAAUAUUUUGUUUUCGCGGUUGCAACGUGCGCAGUUACGGCAAGGUGUGCGCAGUUACAGAUAAGUGCAAAUCCUCCCGCCUGUCCGUCGUCGACCUCAACCGUGUGCAUUCCAGCAACAGCCAGCAUCCGCCUCGUCGUAUCUCUCGCCCCGUUCCGUGAAUUCCAAUUGCGUCAGACGUGUGACAACGUGCGUGUGUGUAUAUGACGUAGUAGGUGCGAGUGGGCUGGUAACUAGGGCACCCGUUUUCCCCGUAAAAUCACGCGUACGUUUCUCUCCGCCUCUUACGAGUAGUGGUCCGUGACUACCAACAUGAUAUCGCACCUUUCGCCCCAGACGGUACCACGGUAUUCGUAUUGCUAGCAAAGUUCAUUCAGCGAAAGGUGUACUACACUGCUCUCGCAUCAUCUCGAGCUGAGCGGAUUGUUUAGUGCGCGCGCGCCCCUCUUCUAUGUGAGUCUGAGAGAGAGCGCGAUAUAUGGGGUGGGGUGUGGUACGGUGGGUGGGUGGAUAGGGUACGAUGGGACGACACGAGUUGGAGAGCGCGUAAACGUAAACAAUCAUCGUCCGUCCGGCGACGGGUUAAUCGACGGCUCGCUUCCUCAGUUAAUAUUCUCGGUUUGAAGUGACAAAGUGUACUUUAGUGUGUUGGUGAAGAUCGUUCUAUAGUGUCCUACAGAGAGGCGCCUGAAUCUGCAAAAACGCGGGUGGGGUGCUUCAAAAUAACUUCAGCGGCCAGCAACCAGCAGAAAAUAAUCACAACAUCAACUCAACCCGCGCUUAAUAUCAUAGUCUGGCACACACAGACACACCUGCGUGCGUGCGUGCGUGCGUGCGGAUGAUUGCUUUUAAUUUAACAUCGACUAGAAGGCGGCGAGCAACGAGAGCGCAAUAGAAGAAGACAAGAAGGAAAUAUGGCAGAUCAGAACGAAAAAAUUCUUCACCGCCUGCUACAACUGGACGGCAACAACGUUUGCGCGGAUUGCGAUGCGAAGAAUCCCGAAUGGGCCUCAUACAAUAUCGGAAUAUUUCUGUGCACGCGAUGCUGUGCCGUACACAGGAGUAUGGGGGCGCACAUAUCGAAGGUGAAGCAUCUAAAGCUGGACAAAUGGGAAGACAGUCAGAUCGAGCGGAUGAUCGAUAUGGGCAACAAAAAUUCGAAGCUAAAGUAUGAGCAACGUGUACCGGCCUGCUAUCGAAGACCACGGGAAAACGACCCACAAGUCCUGAUCGAACAGUGGAUACGGGCCAAAUACGAGCGGUUGGAGUUCUGCAUGAUCGAGCGACCGAGCUACACGUCCGGACGGAUGGAAGGAUUUCUGUUGAAGCGCGGCAAGGAGGAUAGCCGCUAUCAACCGCGCAAGUUCGUCCUGUCCGGAAUUCACGAUACGCUCCGCUAUUACGUAAGGGAGACGCGCGAACCGAAAGCCACCCUGCGGAUCUCGGAGCUGAACGUGGUCUAUGCACCAGCCAAGAUCGGCAAUCCCAACUCGCUGCAGCUUACGUUUAUGCGUGAUGGCAGCACGCGGCACAUUUACGUCUACCACGACGACGCACAGGUCAUUAACAAUUGGUACAUGGCGAUACGGUGCGCCAAGCUGCAUCGUCUGCAGGUCGCCUUUCCGAGCGCUCUCGAGAGCGAUCUGGUUGACAUGCUGACACACGAUUUUGUGCGCGAAGGAUGGCUGCUGAAGACUGGCCCGAGAUCUACCGAUAGCUACAAACGGCGCUGGUUUACGCUUGAUGAUCGUAAGCUUAUGUACCACGACGAUCAGUUGGAUGCGCACCCGAAAGGGGAAAUCUUUCUCGGUAACCAGCUGGAUGGAUAUAGCGUACGAAUCGGGGCACCGAUCGGUGCCAAGGAUCAGGGCUUUAGCUUCACGUUGUUCACACCCGAACGCACCUACAACAUGUCGUCGCACAGUGAGCAGGAUCGCGACGAGUGGAUAGCUGCAAUACAGAAGGUGCUCGAAAGACCGCUAAGCCCCCAGGAUAGUUCCAUUUCUGCUCGACUCAUAAGAAAACGUGGUGGUCACCCAAAGAACAUUUUUACGAGUCGGUAAUAGUGCCUGUCCAGUGGCUGUAAUUAUCGCGGCUGCAGGACAGCAUCGAACAGAGAACACCGCCCUAUAAAGGCAGUGCAUCGGGCAGUGACAGAGCCGAUCGGGGUUUGAGCAAUAUAAUGGAAGCAAAGACUACCAUCUAACCUAUGGCGUUCCUUGAGGAACGCGCGAAGUAAUCAUUAACAUCAUCAUCAUUAUCAUCAUCAUCAUCAGCAUCAUUAGCAUUAUGAUUUUUUUAUAAUUAUUUUUUCCUACAAAGUAGUAGUCAGACUCUAUGUAUUAGUAACAUUCUCGCUGUCCUUGUCCCCCUUUAGGUUUGCACUGUGUGCCAGCAAGUGGCACAAAUUCUGUUGCACGAUGCAUACCGGGAAAGUAUGCGAAACCAACAGACACAAUAGAUUAUAAAUGCUAAGGUUUAUGCGCAAAAUAAGAGAUUAGUCAAGAUAGCUUUUAGUAUAAUAUUGUGUAAAUGGACAAACUGUAUCGGAUUAGAGAGAUUUAUUUAUUGACAAGGAAAGCCACACUUUUAUGCCACGAAUUAUGCACCGUGGUGAGGAAGGAAAAGGAGAUUGGAAAGGAAGACAUACCGUGCUCACAUUGAUUCGAAAUGUUUCAAAAAGAGGGGCACCUAGCCUAGCUAUUUAGAUAGACACAAUCUGCUCAAAACCCUCCCCUGGCACUGAUCUUUGGGACGGCAACGGAUGUUACUUUACUCAAAAACAAAAAAAAAGUUCACAAAAUCACAUGUUUCGUUCCUAAAAUGACGGGUGCAAAACGGGUCCAGGAAGGUGAGACAAGAAAAAAAACCACCUUAACCCGUAUAGUGACGCGGAAGCAGCAUAAAGAAUCAACAAUGCAAAUGUAACAAUGAAACGAAUACUGCCACUGAAGGAAGUGAUCACGUAUUCGUGUAUACCUCUUUAUGCCAGCAGAUGAGAGAUAAUUUACCAGGAACACGGCGUGUAUCCGAGUGUGAGCUUUUUAGAAUGUGUGCGUGUGUGUGUGUGUGCCGAAUGGUGUGAUGGAAGGAAACAGUA